GGCGCAAUCAUGUCUGGUCGUGGUAAAGGCGGCAAGGGGCUCGGCAAGGGAGGCGCUAAGCGCCACCGCAAGGUGCUGCGCGACAACAUCCAGGGCAUCACCAAGCCGGCCAUCCGCCGCCUGGCUCGGCGCGGCGGCGUCAAGCGCAUCUCGGGGCUCAUCUACGAGGAGACGCGCGGUGUGCUCAAGGUGUUCCUGGAGAACGUGAUCCGCGACGCUGUCACCUACACGGAGCACGCCAAGAGGAAGACCGUCACGGCCAUGGACGUGGUCUAUGCCCUCAAGCGCCAGGGUCGCACUCUCUACGGCUUCGGCGGCUAAACUUCUGCCUUCCUACCAGACUAUCUAGACAAAGACCCAAAGGCUCUUUUCAGAGCCACCCACAUUUUCUUUAAAAAGAGCUGUAUU